AUGGCCUCCGACCUCCCUCCUCUUACGACAAGCGACACACGAGCGUCCUCUAUUUCAGCGAUUCCAAUGCACGAAGUCGAGCCCUCCCCCGUCGACGUCGACGACGAUGACCCGAACGCUCUUCUCCCGGCCCCGGCGACCGCGCCAUCUUCGUCGUCGUCUUCGAAACUCUGGUCUUUCUCGUCGACGACGAAUUUCCUAGGUCUUACACCGUCUCGAAUGCUGCACAUACUCAGCGCGACGCAAAAAUACUCGACGCUGCCCCCAACGAUCUACCUGGCAAUGCACUACGCCAACACCGCUCUGAUCCCGCUGGCCACGCGGUCGGCGAUCCAAAGCGACCGCUACCUCCUCCUGACGCGACCGUACUACCAGUCCUUUCCCUUGGAGCCACUGCUGAUCUUCGCGCCCAUCAUCACGCACGUGCUGUCCGGCGUCGCCCUGCGGCUCUACCGCCGGCGCCUGACGGCGAAACGGCACGGGGCCGAAACGCACGCGCAGCGCAAGACGAUCCGGUACGCCCCGCUCAGCACGACGUCGGCGGCAGGGUACGCGCUGUACCCGAUGUUCGUGGCGCACGUGGCCAUGCAGCGCGUGGUCCCCAACAAGGUCGAGGGGAGCAGCGCGGGCGUCGGGUUGCGCUUCUUCGCCCACGGCGUCGCGCAAGACCCGUGGUUCGCAAACACCUUCUACGCCGUCUUUGUCGCCGUCGCCAGCUGGCACUUUGUCACCGGCGCCGCCAAGUACCUUCGCCUCUCGCGCGAGUACGUCACCGAGGGCGGCGAGAGUGGCGCCGUGCGCAGGAAGUGGAGGACGAGGAUCGUCAAUGGCGUCGCGGCCGCCGUGGCUUCUCUGUGGAUCGCGGGCGGCUUGGGCGUCGUUGGAAGAGCGGGCCCCGGCGUCGGUUGGGAAGCGAAGAACUGGGAUCGCAUUUAUGCUGCUGUGCCGUUGUUGGGGAGGUUGUUUCGAUAG